UAUAAACUAUAAAACCUCUUCACACCUUUGACUCCUUCUCUCUCUCUCUCUCUGUUACUUUCUUCUACGCCAGUUUCGUCCUUCUGAUGAAAUUCUGUUGAGAUUUUCGAAAUAACUUCGCAUCGUUUUGUCGGUGAAAGGUGAAAAAUCAAAUCGCCGACGAAGAAAUUAUGAGGAUUGUUUCAUCGAUUCUUCUUCUCCUGAUUCUGUUUGUUGGUUAUGGAGUGGAAGCAAAACAAUCAGCCGGAUACUGUGCAAUGUAUGAUAUCUGUGGAGCAAGAAGUGAUGGGAAAGUACUAAAUUGCCCUUUCAACAUUCCUGCUGUGAAGCCUGAUGAUUUGUUAUCUUCAAAGAUUCAAAGCUUAUGUCCAACAAUCACUGGCAAUGUUUGUUGCACAGAGACUCAAUUUGAUACAUUACGUUCACAAGUUCAACAGGCUAUUCCUUUUAUUGUAGGUUGCCCAGCAUGUUUGAGGAAUUUUCUGAAUCUUUUCUGUGAACUUACUUGUUCUCCGGAUCAGAGUUUAUUUAUCAAUGUAACUUCUACUACAAAGGUCAAGAAUAAUUCGACUGUAGAUGGGAUUCAGUACUAUAUAACUGAUGAUUUUGGAGCGGGGAUGUAUGAAUCUUGCAAAAAUGUGAAAUUUGGUAGCUCUAAUAGCCGAGCUUUAGACUUUCUCGGAGCCGGUGCAAAGAAUUUUAAGGAGUGGUUUGCAUUUAUUGGUCAGAAAGCGGGUGUCAAUGUGCCAGGCUCACCGUAUGGGAUUGCGUUUUUGCCAACACCACCUGUGUCAUCUGGAAUGAGGCCUAUGAAUGUGUCUACUUAUUCAUGCGGUGAUGAGUCUCUUGGCUGUUCUUGUGGUGAUUGUCCUUCUGCAGCUACUUGCUCCAGUAAAGCAGAAGUUCCUACUCAGAAAAAGCACUCUUGUUCUAUCAAAAUUGGAUCACUUGAGGCGAAAUGUGUUGACUUCAUACUAGCCAUUGUGUAUAUUGUAUUGGUUUCACUGUUUCUCGGAGGCGGUUUACUUCACCGAGUAAGGGGGAAGAAAAAGACCUCACAGAUGAGACCAUCGUCAGAAGCUGGUGGAGAGCAAAAUUCUGCUAAUUUGCAAAAACCAGACACUAUCCAUGCACAGAUGUUACAAAAUACUCCACAGAGAAACUGGGGUCAGCUAUCGACAGUACAAGGACACUUGGCCAAUUUUUACAGGAAGUAUGGGAUUUGGGUAGCAAGACACCCAACUCUUGUUUUGUGUUUGUCAGUCUCUGUAGUUCUUCUCCUUUGUGUGGGUCUGAUCCGAUUCAAAGUGGAGACACGGCCUGAUAAGCUAUGGGUAGGAUCAGGGAGCAGAGCUGCUCAAGAGAAACAAUUCUUUGACACCCAUCUUGCUCCUUUCUACAGAAUUGAACAGCUAAUAAUAGCAACAGUUCAAAAAUCUUCUCACGAAAAGGCGCCAGAGAUUUUGACAGAUGACAAUAUUAAGUUACUUUUUGACAUACAAAAGAAGGUCGAUGGACUUCGGGCAAAUCACUCAGGUUCAAUGGUUUCUCUGACAGAUAUCUGCAUGAAACCCCUGGGAGAGGAUUGUGCCACACAGAGUGUUCUGCAGUAUUUCAAGAUGAAACCAGAAAAUUAUGACGACUUUGGAGGCGUCGAUCAUGUUAAAUAUUGCUUUGAGCAUUUCACCUCGACCGAUUCAUGUUUGAGUGCAUUUAAGGGUCCACUGGAUCCAACUACUGCACUAGGAGGUUUCUCAGGGAACAGUUUCAGUGAGGCUUCUGCUUUUCUUGUGACUUAUCCUGUGGACAAUGCUGUUGACAAUAAAGGUAACAAAACUGAGAAAGCAGUAGCAUGGGAGAAAGCCUUUAUCCAACUGGCCAAGGAUGAGUUGUUGCCAAUGGUUAAAGCAAAGAAUUUAACUCUUUCUUUCUCUUCGGAAAGUUCUAUUGAAGAAGAAUUGAAAAGAGAAAGCACAGCAGAUGUCAUAACUAUAGCCAUAAGUUAUCUUGUCAUGUUUGCCUAUAUAUCACUCACACUUGGAGAUUCACCUCGCUUAAAUUCCUUUUACAUAACAUCCAAGGUUCUGCUUGGUCUAUCUGGUGUUCUACUUGUCAUGCUUUCCGUCCUCGGCUCUGUAGGAUUUUUCAGUGCCGUUGGGAUGAAAUCGACUCUUAUAAUAAUGGAAGUUAUACCUUUUCUUGUUUUGGCUGUCGGUGUUGAUAAUAUGUGCAUACUGGUUCAUGCUGUGAAGAGGCAAGAGCAAGAGCUGCCUUUGGAAAGACGAAUAAGCAAUGCCCUUAUGGAAGUUGGACCAUCGAUUACUCUUGCAAGUUUAGCCGAGAUUUUAGCUUUUGCUGUUGGUGCUUUUAUUAAAAUGCCAGCUGUUCGAGUGUUCUCCAUGUUUGCUGCAUUGGCUGUCCUUUUGGACUUUCUUCUCCAGAUUACUGCGUUUGUAGCUUUGAUAGUUUUUGACUUCCAACGGACAGAGGAUAAGCGUGUUGAUUGCUUCCCAUGUAUUAAGACAUCGAAAUCAUCUAAUAGUGCUGACAAAGGGGUUGGUCAGAGAAAAGCUGGCCUUUUGACUCGAUAUAUGAAGGAAGUCCAUGCACCCGUUCUUAGCCAUUGGGCAGUCAAAAUAUUGGUUAUUGCCUUCUUCUUUGGCUUAGCUAUGGCUGGAAUUGCAUUGUCCACUCGGAUUGAGCCUGGUUUGGAGCAACAGAUUGUUCUUCCUCAAGACUCAUAUCUUCAGGGUUACUUCAACAAUAUUUCAACAUAUCUUCGUAUUGGUCCACCUUUAUACUUUGUUCUGAAGAAUUAUAACUAUAGCUCAGAAUCAAGACAGACUAAUCAACUUUGUUCCAUUAACAAGUGUGAUUCUAACUCUCUUUUAAAUGAGAUUGCAAGGGCUUCUUUGACUCCAGAACUAAGCUACAUAGCUAAGCCAGCUGCUUCAUGGCUUGAUGACUUUCUCGUGUGGUUAUCUCCCGAGGCGUUUGGCUGUUGCCGAAAGUUUACAAAUGGUACCUUUUGCCCCCCUGAUGACCAGCCUCCUUGUUGCUUUCCUGAUCAAGGCAGCUGUGGCCUAAGUGAAGUAUGCAAAGAUUGUACCACGUGCUUCCGUCAUGCAGAUUUAAGUAGUGACCGCCCAUCCACAACCCAAUUCAAAGAGAAACUUCCUUGGUUCCUCAACGCACUUCCUUCCGCUGAUUGUGCUAAAGGUGGACAUGGUGCUUAUUCUAGUAGUGUUGAUUUGCAAGGCUAUGAAAAUGGUAUCAUUCAAGCUUCAUCGUUCCGCACUUAUCACACACCCCUUAACAAGCAGGCUGACUUUGUUAAUUCAAUGAGAGCUGCUCAAGAAUUUAGUGCAAAAGUUUCCCGUUCCUUAAAGAUGGAGAUAUAUCCAUAUUCAGUGUUUUAUAUGUUCUUUGAGCAAUAUCUUGACAUAUGGAAAACUGCACUAAUCAACCUCUCCAUAGCCAUUGCUGCCGUGUUUGUCGUGUGUUUAAUCAUCACAUGCAGCUUUUGGAGCUCCGCAAUUAUUUUGCUGGUGAUCGCAAUGAUCAUUAUUGAUCUCUUGGGAGUUAUGGCAGUCUUUCAUAUCCAGCUAAACGCACUAUCGGUUGUAAAUCUAAUCAUGUCCGUGGGCAUAGCGGUUGAGUUUUGUGUGCACAUAACACACGCUUUCUCGAUAAGCACUGGGGACAGAAACCAUCGGAUGAAAGAGGCGUUGGGUGGGAUGGGAGCUUCAGUUUUCAGCGGAAUUACAUUGACGAAGCUAGUUGGGGUGAUUGUGCUCGGUUUCUCAAGAUCAGAAGUCUUUGUGGUCUACUACUUCAAGAUGUAUCUGGCACUAGUCCUCCUCGGUUUCUUGCACGGCCUUGUAUUUUUACCGGUGUUCUUGAGCAUGUUUGGUCCUUCUCCAAGACAUGUAGAAGGGGAAAGGCAAGAUCAUCGACCUUCGCUGCCGUAGCUGAAUUAGUUUUAUUUUUGGUAGUUUUUUUUGUUUUUUUUUAAAAUUUUUAGCAUCCAUUUGUAAAUGGUUAAAAUUGUUUCACCCACAGCCACAGGAAAAACUAAGUUCAGUGCAUAGCAGAAAAAAGAAAAAAUUCACACCAAAUGUUCUUCUUUU